UGAAUUAUAUCCGGAAUCACUCAGUGUAAACAAACGCGUCGUACGUGGAGUCCCGGACCCUCCAUCCGUGGUGCAGUACAGUAGACCUACCAUCGGCACCCCACAAAUAAAACUUCGAAGAUGCGUGUGUAGACAGAGCUGACUGGAUUGCUACAGUUUCUGUAUGAACAGAGUAGCUAUAUUCUGAUACCAGGUUGCUGCAGAAGCAUUGCUGAGCCUGUAACAGCGUGAUGAGAGAACGUCUAAACACAUAAAGCGUCAUUGCCAGUAUUUUACAGUUCAAAUGACGACUGCAGGGUCCUUGUCAUAGAAUCGGACCGAUCAUGCAGUGCAGACUGUCUCACUGAGGCACUGAUGUGAGGCUGGAACUCAUUUUGAAGUACAGACUGUUGGAGAUUCCACACAAGUACCGGUACCAAAAUGUCUUCAAACAACAAGGAGAAUGUGCAGAAUGAUAAGAAGAAGAAAUCCAAACCGCGGCUGAGCAUCAAGAUCUUCAGCAGCAACAGCAAGAAGAAGGACAGCCUGAAGAAGAUUAGAGAGGAGUUGCACAGCCCUGAUGGAUCCUACAAACCUCAUCUAGAAGACAAACAGGUGGAGACACCUGCAAAGGAGGUCAAGGAUGUAGAAGUUGUCGCUACAGAGGAGACCGACUCUGACACCAGUGAAGAGACGAUACCAGUUUCUGCCCCUCCCCCAGCCUUCAGGCCUGGACGAAGGCGGUCACUGUCUGCCUGUGCGGACGUCCAGGACACCCUCAUCAAGAUAAAAGGCAAAGACGAAGAAGAUAACAGGGAGGAAAAAAUUGAGGAAGAGGAAGAGCAAGAUGAUCAGCUGAGCCCACUACCCCUCUCCCCCACCAAAUCCUGUUUACGCACAAGGUCAGCCACGUUUGGCUAUGCAGGAGAAAUCAUCGUGACCGCAUCACGGCCACGCACUGUCAGCUUCUCGCCAGAAACAGUUGACCCACCUCCUCGUACCCAAAAAUACCGCGCCUGGAUUGAGGCUAGAUCCAAGCCACCACCAGUCAAUGUGAAGCAUGAGAAGCACAAACAAAAGAUGAAUCAGUUGAAGAAAGUGAACAUGGCCGACUACCUGUCCUCUCGCAAACCAACAUCAGGCUCAGGCAUAAUGGGUUCUAGUUCUGCAGCAUUUGGUGGUGGCAUGAUGAUGUAGAGACUAACCCUGCCUGUAUGAUUUUCCAUGUGAGGUAUAUCCAUGGAGGUGUAGAUGUAUGUAGAUUUAUGUGCAGGUGAUGCACUGCAGUGUUUGACCUGUAUGACACCACUUAACAAGGUUGGACGUAAUUGAGAGAAUUGAUACAUGUACACUAUUUGAUCUAUAUUUACUCAAGUGUUUUUAAAUUGAUUUCAUCCUAAUUCUUAACCCACAAAAGACAAUACCUAAGCCAAUUUUCGUCACUCUAUGAGUCAUUUAUCAGAUCUACAUGUACAUCUGUUCAGUCUUCCAUUGAAAAAUCUUAAUGUUAACCAUUUUGGAACACACAGCGUACCCUAAAGCAGAUAGUGACUGAACACAUACAUACACAUAAACAUGUAAUUCAACGAUGCAUGGUUGCAUACGGCUUGGAUAGUAAGUAACUGGUUCGUUUGUUGGAUGGUUCAUGUGAGUCACCCUAGCUCUUCCUCCAACUAAUGCCCUAGACCGGCCUGAACAGGAUGCUACUUGUUACAGUCAAAGUUUGUAUGCUUCACUGAAGUUUAAUCAACAUGAUCAAAGGGGGUGUGGUCUUUCCUCCAUGGGCAAGUUCCAUGUGUGAACCUUAUUUGGAUUGCACUAGAUCUUAAGAAACUUAUUUUCCAAAUUUGUGGAGCAGCUGAUGAGAAAUAAAUAUUCUCAAGUUAUAUAAUGCAAUUCAGGGAAUUUAAUCCCUUGAGAAAGAAGUGUAAUUUUGGAAAUUGUAAUUUUAACUUUACCAUAACUUUAAUUUGAGAUCAGAGUUCAGUAUUUUUGUAAGAAUAUUUUGUAGACACAAGUUUUAUGCAAUAUUUGUUGAUGUGAAUGGUUUUUCAAAGCUACAAGUCCUCCAAAAAUUAAACAUUCAAACGUUCAAUAUAAAUAAAAAAAUUUUAAUGAGUGUUACUGCUUUAGUUCACAAUAGUAAUGUUGGUUUAAUUGUACAUAUUUAAAACUUCACCUUUUUGGUUACAUACAGUAUGUCAUAUUGGCCUGUUGAAUCACAGGUCAAGCAGUAAUUUCUUCUUUCUACCAAACAGUUUUAGUUGAGAAGUGUUUAUUUACAGAUAUCCAUUAAUGGAUAUCCAACUUGAAAAUUACCCUUGAGGUGAUUUUGGCUAAACCUACAUGUACAUGUACACAGUGACCUAUGAGUCUAACACUGUGUCCACUCUAAAGGGGACAUUCGUCUUUCCAUCACUCCCAAAUUUAAUCAUUGAAUUAUUUCUGAUUUGUAACAUAAAAGAAGUAAGGUAAGUAAAGAAAAUACAAAAAUGAGAAUAGAAAUAGAACCAUUUCUGACUCUUUUUAGUUUCUUUUUAAUUUCCAAGUUUAAUUUCCAAAGAGCCCAUGUCAUUGAGUUUUUGAGCUGUGUUUUUUUCUUCUGUACAUCGCACCAAAUUGGAUUUUAUUUGCAUGUGAAAAGCUAUUGUUACUUUGCUCAUUUACAUUUGCAUGUGAAAAGCUAUUGUUACUUUGCUCAUUUAAGUGUCUGAUAAUUUUUUAAACCCACUCAUACGUUCCCAUGAUACAGAAAAUUUUAUAAGCUUUGGAUAAACAACGCUGACCAAAAUAGUUGGCUGACUAGCAAGAGCCAGUCAUUGUUUGUGGUUGCUGAGGCCCAGGUUCUUUCUGCACAGGGCAUGAGAGGAACAUGUACCUGUAUUGUAUCAUUGCAUUUAUAUGUGACAAAAUAGCUUUGAUUGGCUUUCAUUUAUCAUUGAUUUCUGUAUUGCACCAUGAGAGCUGAAUAUGCAGAGGUCACUUAUGUGCUAAGUGUCCACCAAUCUGUCUCGCAGUCUUGAACUGUUUUGUAGAAAAACACAAUCACUUUUAGAGGCCUACUGUGCAUGUACGUACUGUUUGUCAUUAAGAUAUCGCUUCUCCAAUUUUUAUAGCAGAAUCGUUUUUUACGUAUCCAUAUACUGGUCUUUCAUACAUGUAUGAGCAUCAUCUGAAAUAGGCGCAUGUAGUUGGUGUUAUUUUAAUUAAUUUACUAUCAGCAGUUUCUUGUUUCUAACACUGUACUUGUUCCUCACACUGUACUUGUUCCAUGUCUGUGGGUCAUAACAAUGGUCAAUGUUACGUAAUUGUUGGGUUCGGUGUACACACAUGUAUACAGCCAACAGAAUUUAUUUCUUACUUACAAGGCAAUGUAAAUAUCAUCGCAUUACCUUGCUUUGUUGUAACUGAUGAGAUUUAUUACUGUACAUUACCUGAAUUUCAAUACCGAUACUUCUUCAAACACUUCUCUUUGCAAUAAAAUUCCAAUUGAACAUAAAUGCCUAUUUUAGAAUCUGUAGAUGUAAGUAAAAUGUCUUUCCAUCAUUUUGUUGCUUCUUCAGCCAUUUGUAAAUAUUUAUGUUUGUAUAAAUAAUGAUUGGUUGAAAUGCUGUUUCAUCAAGUGUUAUGGUUAUGUUAUAUACGUCUAAUAAUCGUUAAUUGCAAUUUGGCAGAUAUAUUAAGACACCCAUAAAAAUGGUGGACAUUGUUAAUCAAUCCAUUGAGAGAUGAAAUCCUCAUGUCAGUGCAAAAAUGUUGUAACUCCAAAUUUUGUGAAAAUUGGCAUUUUUCUGUUUUUUUAGAAGACUUCAAGAUUAUUUUUGGCAAAUUUCCUUGAAAAAUAUUGCAAGUUACGUAAUUAAUUCAAGCAAAAAUGAAAUUUUUUAUCUAUUUUUUUUUUUACAACAGGAUUUAUUUGGAAGAGGAAAAUUCUCGUUAAAUCUGAGAUGAACUUGUGGCUUUAUGAGAUUACAUCUUGUACAUGCAUUAGUAAUGGAAUAUCACAGUAUGGUUAUGUUAAACCAUAUCUCGGGGAGUUACAACAUUUUGACCGGAAUAUGCAUAGCGCAUCAAUGAAGCUAAAACGUAUGUUGAUCCCAUGUCAUUCAAUUUUCAUUUAUGUUAUAUUGAUCACAAUACCAAAGUCAAGAGCAAACAAAAUACGUUUUUAAAUACAUUAUCUGCCUAAAGUUGCAUUUUCUUGUAAUUUAAUUUGGCACAAAAAUUUUACUGUGAGGCCACAGACCUCUUUAUGCAUUUUUUUCAAAACUACAUGUACUCCAAAAGCGAGAUAUGACAUGUUUGAACUGAUGUGACAAAAUGCUUUGUCAAUAAUCAGCCAAAUUUUAUCGCAUCAAGUUCUACCUAAAAAUCCACGUCUUUAGUCUGUAUUGUAAAUUCUUUGAUGUCUGGAAUUAUGAAAAGAAAAGUUACCAACAUUUCGGAUUGAUAAAUAUUCUUGCGAAUUGAUAAUUCAGAGUAUCAGUAAAAGUUUGUAAUUGUGAUUUUGGGAAGCCUGACAGUUAUAAAAACAACCAUGGUGCAUUUAUAUGUAUCCCUUUCAAAGCCUCCAAACUGGUGAAAGUAGAUGUAAUUUUAUGUUUCAAAUAAAGGGAGGUGCAACACUUUCCAUUAACCCUGAGCAGAAGUUGUUUAAAACAAUAAUAAGAAACACAGUUUUUGCAGUGUAAAACUCUCCCCAACACUCACAGUCCAUUUCUUUUUGAUCCUGAUCCUUUCCUAGCUGGGAGAAAUUUGGCACUUGGGGAAAUUUGGAGAGGAGGUUCCACCUAUAAAACUGCCUCAAGUUUGCAUUGUGGAAUUGGAGAGACGCGUGUGUCUAAAGUGCCCACUAGUAGGGUUCGGGGCUUAUUGGAUUGGUCUAGUAGUCAACUGGGUCAGGAAUAUGGAGGCAGGGCAAGAAGGGACAGUGUUUAUCAUUAUCAUUCUCGGGGUGGGGGGAUUUUUAAUGCUGUUCAUCAAACAAUAUGUCCACAAGAGAGGAGCACAAUUUAUUUUUUGUCUGUAUGGAACUGUUUUGAUGUUGUUCCAAUGUAGACAUGGUUGAGAAAAAAUUGGAAUGAAUAUGUUUGUCACAUGUCACUGCCUUAUUUUGUUCAAUAAAUUAAACAAGAUUACACCUAUCAUAAA